AUGGGAAAAAAAAAUACUAAGCCUACGCAAGGAAAGCGCGCUUAUAAUGAUAAAAGCGAGAUUGUGCUAGAAAAUGAAAAGUUUGAAAGCUAUUACCGUAAACAAAACAUUUUUGGUAACAGUACCGAAUCUGAAUCUGAAAAAGAAUUCCAAACGUUGAUGGAAUUUCUUAAAAAGCCAUUGCCUACAACUUUUCGAAUUUGCGGUUAUCUGCAGCAUGCCUUUGAAUUAAAAAAUCAUUUUGAGAAAAAUUACAUUCCCCAACUCCAGAACGUCGAGUAUGAAGGGAAAAAAAUUCCAGCACCUGAAAUUAUCCCUUGGUAUCCCAACCAACUGGCUUAUACCAUUGACACUCAGAAAGAUGUUAUCCGCAAGAGCCCACCUUUUAAACGCCUUCAACGUUUUCUUGUAAGUGAGAACGAAGCCGGAAACAUCAAUCGUCAAGAGGCUGUUAGCAUGUUACCUCCCUUGUUCUUAGACUUGCUUCCGCAUCAUUUAGUGUUGGACAUGUGCGCUGCUCCAGGAUCAAAAACUGCUCAAUUAAUUGAAGCCAUUUAUAACCAAGCUCAUGUGAAAGACGCUGUUAAAGACAGUGCAAAUCUCAGCUCUCUUCAAGGACUCAUUAUUGCUAACGAUGCAGACCCGAAACGUGCCCAAAUGCUUGUACAUCAAAUAAAUCGAUUGAAUUCACCUAAUGUAUUGGUAGUAAACCAUGAUGCUUCAACUAUGCCGAAUGUGAUUGUCCCGUCUUCAGAUAAACCCGAUGAGAAGGAAAUUUUAAAGUACGAUCGCGUUUUGGCUGAUGUACCCUGUUCCGGAGAUGGGACAUUCCGCAAAAAUAUUUCUUUGUGGAGGGAUUGGAGUGCAACCAGUGGUUUGAGUCUUCAUUCUCUUCAGUUACGAAUUCUUAUCCGUGGUCUACAGCUUUUAAAGGUUGGCGGGUACAUGGUUUAUUCCACUUGCUCUAUGAACCCUAUAGAAAAUGAAGCAGUAGUAUCUGCUGCUUUGAAAGCCACAGGUGAAUCUGUAUCUCUAGUAGACAUCUCGGAAAAGCUCCCUGAAUUGAAACGGGAAUCUGGUCUAUCCACUUGGAAGGUGAUGGAUGACACUUUGCAAGAAUACAAUUCUCCUGAAGAUCCUCAUCCUGAAAAUGUCACUCUCGCCUCUACUAUGUGGCCUCUAUCAAUGGAUGAAAUGAAGAACCAACACAUUGAACGAUGUGCACGUAUAUAUCCUCAGCAUCAAAAUACAGGAGGUUUCUUCAUCGCUAUGUUGAAGAAGGAAAGCCCUUUGCAGGCGCAUAGAGUUGAUGCUUUAAAAAAACAAGAUGAGAGACCAGAACCUAAACGUCAAAAACUUGACAAUGAAGCAUCUACACCUGCUUCCACUGCUCAGCCUGUCACUAAGACCGGUAAUAAUUACUUUGACGAAGAACCUUUUGUUUAUAUAAAGCCAGAUGACGAAAGCAUUUCUUCUGUCUCGAAUUUCUAUGGUUUGGAUCCUAAAUUUCCUCGUGACCAAUUCUUCGUUCGUAAUCAAAGCGGCACACCUACGAGGUCUGUAUAUUUUGCAUGCUCCUUGUUCAAAAAAAUUAUAGAGAACAACAUUAAUCGUGUGAAGUUUGUACACGGUGGUGUCCGCUUUUUCGUUAAACAGGAUAUUAGUCCUUUGUUAAAAAGUAAUGAGUCCUUGGAAAUUAACAAAGAUGUUUGUAAUUUCCGGAUCCAUAGUGAUGGUGUAAAUAUCGUUAGCCCAUAUCUAGACGAAAAGUUUUUCUGUGACGCUACUCUUGAAGAUCUAAAAGUACUAAUGAAGCACGAUUAUCCCCGUUUGGAACAGUUUCCUGAAAAUGGGAAACUGAGAGCAGGAGCUGAAAAAAUGGUUUUAGGGUGUAACAUAGUUCGCGCUCAUGCCAAAAUCGAGGAUGGAUCGCUUACCGAUAUGCGCAAUCUACUACCUGUUUGGCGAAGCCCAAAUAGUUGCAACUUAAUGCUUGCUAGAAAAGAAAAACAGAAUUUAGAGUUGGAGUUAUUUGGAAUGAACUAA